UGACUUUUAAGGGCAAGCAUGUGAGGUUUUGAUUCUGGAAGUCUACCUAAUUUUGACAUCUAAGAACUCAAGAUUUACAGAUGAAACACAGUUUGAAGAUGUCUGAAAGGCACUCAGCCAGCCCUGGAGCAGGAAGUGAGGCUGGCUCACCUAUCAAGUUCAAGUACUCCAGUCUCAGAGAUUUUUGUUCCACAUCUUCCGUUGAAGAUAGUGGCCAUCAUGAGUUGCCAAGAUCUUGCAGCUUUGAUAAUACAGAUAAAGAUUUUUUUGGAAUGAAAGAAAAGGACCCAGUAUUAAUCCACAUACCCCCUGAAAUUUCAGACCUGGGCUUAAUACAUUCCUUAAAGUCUCCUGCUCAAAGAAAUAAAUUUGUCUUUUCUAAGAAGGAAAAUACCCCAGAACUAUGUGAAACUCCUAAAUUUGCUGGAAAAAAAUCUUUACCACGGAGAAGGUUAGAUGUAUGUUUCUCUCUUCUAAAGAAAGACUUUGAAUUACAAAACAGUUCUCAAAGUGGUAUAAGCCAAGUCAAUUUAGAAAAAAGUAUUCCUAACAGUGUUUUGGAUUUUCCAAAGCAAAAUAGCUUUAGCCCUUUAGUUACUAGCAAUGUACAAACAGAGGAAGUGACUUCUAGCAGUCAAACCCUAAGACUAAAUUUUUCUCAACACAAGACUUCUACAAUUGAUGAUUCCAAGGAUGAAUGCAGCCUAUUUGAAGUUGAAUGUAUAUCUCCAAUUCAGGGUAAUAAUUUUAAAGAUUCAGUCACACAGGACUUUAGUGAUAGCAGUUUAAGUGUUAGUGAUGAAAAUACAUAUCCUGAACUUCUGGGUUCCUCUGGUAGUAGAAUAACCUACAGCAGAGAUGAGGACAUAUUUGUGACUCCAGUUAGUAAUCUUACACCAAACAUUGAAUUUUCUACAAGUCAAAAACUUUCUCCUUCAGUUGAGGUAAGAGGCAGUAUUUCCACUCCCGAAGACAGUGGUUUUAACUCACUGAGCUUGGAUAAGUCAGACGAUUCCUUCUCUGAUCAAGAGGGUUCUUUUCAUGAACUAUUUCAGACAUAUAAAGGGACUUGCAAUGUGGGAGAUACGAUACGAAAAUCAGGGUGCCUUAGAAGGUCAAGAAGACUGUCCACUCUUCAGGAGCAAAGCUCACAAUCAGAGACAGAGGAGGAAAAGCAGAUCAUCCACCCCACUUUUCAAACAAGACCAGAAGCUGCUUCAGACAUCUCGGAGAGUCAGCUGAGCACCGAUAAGAGUAGAGAUUUGACUUUAAGCUUUAAGAACUUAUCAAAGACUCCAGCCUUGCAAUUAGUGCAUGAACUCUGUAUGAAAAGCAAAAGGAAAAGAUUCCAGGGAAAGGAUACAGAUGAAUUAUUAGAAGAAAGGGAUGGGGGAAAAAUAGCUGUACUGCAGUGUGCACUUGCUGGGCUGAUUGGCAAGAAGAUGGGUAUAGAACAAUUGGACAUCUUAUCAGAAUUAAAAUACAGAAAUCUAAAGCAUAUUCUUACUAUGGUUUUAGAUUCCUUGACUGAAGAGAGCUUAUACAGUGUCUGGAAUGUCAGCCGAAAUUGGCGUGAAAUUAUUGUUCAAGAUAAAAAAGCAAAUCGGAGGAGGAAAUUUUAUAUCACACACCUGAAAGCAGAUUCUCAGGUCAUCGCAGUUCACGGGCUCCUAAUGGAUGGUUAUCCCGAGGGCACUCACCUGUGCGCGACGCUGGCACCAAGGGCUGUGCGUUGUGGUCUGUGGCUCUGUGAGGGAAGCCGCCUACUCGCCCCCCGACUCUCUACCGGCUUCGGGCAGGGCCCCGGAUGUAGCGGGUCGGCACCGCUGGCGCCACGGUUGCCAAGGUUACGGCCCAGCCCUUGGGGCCAGCCGGCCGCGCUGCUCGCAUUGUCCCGGCUCCACGGCGACGCGGGCGCGGCGGGACACGAAGAUUCUUUGGCAACAGAUGGUUUCCUCGUGGACUAUUUUAAUGAAUUCCUAAGCCUUCCACUUCGUAUUCUUGUGCUACUGUGUACACUCUUCUGCUGUCCUAAGCCACCAGCCUACUGUGACCACACGUACUCUUCUCAUGCUCAGUGCUCACUAGGUGACACUUAG